AGCCUGUUCCUAAGACCAGAAUCGUAGGUUCUACCAAACAAUCAUGUCGAAGUUACUUUUACUACUCGCGUGUUUAGUGACAUUGGCAGCUUCCAAGUCUUCUAUUUACUACCAUCUAGAAGAUGCUGCACAACAUUUUGAGAAAUUCAUAAAAGAAAAUGAAAAGGUAUAUUCCAGUAACGAGGAGAAGGCAAAAAGAUUCGAAAUAUUUAAAGAAAACUUGAAAGAGAUCAACAAAAUGAAUCAAGAGACUGAGCACGCUAAAUUCGGAAUAACACAAUUCACGGAUUUAACUCUGGAAGAGUUUGAUGACGUCGUCAGAUGUGUGCCAGUAAACGUUACUGAUGUAGGCGACUCGUGCAAUGUGGUUGGUGAUGGUCAGCUGGCGAGGGUCCAAGCUCCGGAGGCUUUUGACUGGCGCGACCAGAACGUCGUCUCACCGGUUAAGAAUCAAAAUACUUGCGGAUCAUGUUAUGCUUUUAGUGCUACGGGAAACAUCGAGAGUCAAUAUGCAAUUAAGUAUCAGACAAUCAUGGAUUUAUCUGAACAACAAAUUAUUGACUGUGAUACCGGAUCCAUUGGUUGUAACGGCGGAUACGCGACAUCAGCCUUUAGUACUGUUAUAGCACAAGGUGGCAUUGAGUCAGAAGAAAGCUAUCCUUAUAUGAAUCAGCAGACAGAGUGCCAGUUCGACGCUCAGAAGGUCCAAGUCAAGCUAAGUGGCUGCACCAAAUAUACCACCACAUCGCAAGAGAGAUUGAAAGAAAUACUCUACACAAAUGGGCCUCUAUCUAUUGCUGUCAAGUCCGACGCCUUACAAAAAUAUGACGGUGGAGUGAUUCCAGAUAGCCUUUGCAAUAGUGGAGAUGUAAAUCAUGCCGUAUUAUUAGUGGGUUACGGAACAGACGAAAAAGGUAUGAAAUACUGGAUUGCCAAGAAUUCAUGGGGGACGGGAAUACACACCGAAAACGGCUACUUUAGAUUCGAACGCGGGGAGGGCUUGGACUCCUGCGGUAUCUUUAAUCAACAUUUGUCCUCUUCCAUAGUUGCCAUUGAUGUUAGUGAAAGACAUACAACAGCAGUAGCAGUAAUCAUGGCAUCUUCAGUAGUACUGCUAUGUGUGAGCUGGUUUGCCCUUGCAGCCGCUGGCACAGCUCCUCCGUACAACUUGGCAGACGCUGAGCAUCACUUCGAGAACUUCAUACAGAAACACGGCAAGACCUAUGCAAGCGAACACGAGAAACAAGCCAGUUUCCAAGUGUUCAAACAAAACUUGCAUAAAAUUAAUAAAAUGAAUGCAGAAAGCGAUCACGCCGUCUUCGGUAUAACACAGUUCGCGGAUCUGACCGAUGAAGAAUUUCAUAUUAGGCACGGUUGUCUGGCAUCGUCAGAGCAAUAUGACGAUAAACCAUGCACGAUAAUCACUGAUGAAGAUAUAGACUAUAACGAUGCGCCGGAUUCGUUCGACUGGCGCGACCAAAACGUUGUCACACCAGCGAAGAACCAAGGCGGUUGUGGAAGUUGUUAUGCCUUUAGUACAACUGGUAACAUCGAGGGUCAGUACGCAAUCAAAUACAAACAAUUGUUAAGCUUAUCUGAACAGCAAAUUGUGGACUGCGAUGAUAAAAAUAAUGGAUGUGGGGGUGGAGCAAUGGCUGUUGCUUUUCGGUCCCUGAUCGACGUAGGUGGUUCUGAACUCGAGGGGGAUUACCCAUACGUAGGAUACGAAGCAGACUGCGAAUUCGACGGAAGCAAAGUGAAGGUCAAGUUAUCAGAUUGUCGCAGUUACCACCUUAAGUCUCAAGAGAAGGUCAAACAGUUGCUGUACCACACCGGACCUAUUUCCAUUGCUAUCCAAGGAGGUGGCGUUCAACAUUAUAAUGGGGGAAUAAUUUCUGAUAAAAGAUGCAACCGUGGGCCGAUUGACCAUGGAGUCCUGCUCGUGGGAUAUGGAUCAGAAAAUGGAUCGGAUUACUGGAUUGUCAAAAAUUCUUGGGGUGAAGGAUAUGGAGAAGGAGGCUACUUCAGGAUGCAACGAGGGGAAGGUCAUCUUUCCUGUAGCAUGAUGAAGAAUCAGUUCAUGGCGUCCUCAAUCGUCGCCUGUAUCCAAGCAGACCCCCUUUUCCAAUAUGUUGAAGGAAUAAUAAUGGACGACAGAUCUGACUUAGGUAUAUCAAAGUAUUUUUGCAAAGCAGUAGCAGUAAUCAUGGCAUCUUCAGUAGUACUGCUAUGUGUGAGCUGGUUUGCCCUCGCAGCCGCUGGCACAGCUCCACCAUACAACUUGGCAGACGCUGAGCAUCACUUCGAUACCUUCAUAGAGACACACGGCAAGGUCUAUCCAAACGAGGAAGAAAAACAAUACAGAUUCCAAGUGUUCAAAGACAAUUUGCAUAAGUAUAACAAAAUGAAUGCGGAAAGCAACCAUGCAGUUUUUGGUAUUACACAGUUCUCAGAUUUGACAUCGGAGGAUUUUCAUGCCAGGCAUACCUGCUUCAAUCCUGAGCUCCGAAGUGGUCAUAAUUGUGACGUAAUUACUGAUAAUGAUAUAGACUAUAACGAUGCGCCGGAGUCGUUCGACUGGCGCGACCAAAACGUUGUCACACCAGUGAAGGACCAAGGCGGUUGUGGAAGUUGUUAUGCCUUCAGUUCUAUUGCUAACGUCGAAAGUAUGCAUGCAAUCAAACGCAAAGAACUGAUAGACUUGUCUGUACAACAAGUUGUGGAUUGCAGUAAGGAAAAUCAUGGCUGUUUAGGUGGAAAAAUGAGUAAAGUUUUCGGGUAUCUAAUGGACGUCGGAGGCAGCGAACCAUUUGAAGACUAUCCGUACAUAGGACAACAAGGAGAUUGUAAAUUCGAACAAGAAAAAGUGAAGAUCAAAUUAUCAAACUGUCACGUCUACAAUCUGUCAUCUCAAGAGAAGGUGAAACAAUUGCUGUACCACAACGGACCCAUUGUGAUCGGCAUCAAUGGAGAGGGCGUUCAACAUUACCACGGUGGUAUAAUUUCUGAUGAGCAUUGUAACGUGGGUCAACUGAGUCACGGAGUGCUGCUCGUGGGAUAUGGAUCAGAGAAUGGAUCCGAUUAUUGGAUUGUUAAAAAUUCUUGGGGAGACGGUUACGGAGAAAAAGGCUACUUCAGAAUGGAGCGACGUGAAGGCGGAUUUGCCUGUGGUAUGAUGAAUCCGGAUAUGACCAGUUCAGUUGUCGCUGAUUAAUUAAAAUCCUUCUAUACUCUGAAACUUUAUUAAUACCAUAUUGUAUGUAAACCAAAGAAUUUCUCAGUUGGUAAAUCUUUCAUUAUUCUUUUUUGGAGUGUCAAUAAAAAUUACUUAUGUAUUAAUAA